UUCACAUUACAUUUCUUGAUUUAGAGAAAAUAUGGAGAAGUUAACAGUCUACUUAUUUUUAUUACUAGCAUUUAGUUGCAAAGAUGUGCUAUGUAAUAAAAGACGUGAACAUAAACAACAAAAAGAAGAUGGAGGAAAGAUAGUUGGAGGUACAGAAACUACUAUACAAGAAUAUCCUUAUCAAGCCUACUUGUUGCUUUACAAUGGCAGUGACUACUUCCAGUGUGGUGGAUCCAUCGUCAAUGCGUACUAUGUGGUGACUGCUGCCCAUUGUCUUGAAGGAAUCCAAACAGUUUACGUCCGUAUUGGAAGCACAAUUUCUAACAGUGGGGGCAUUCAGUACGAAACUUCUACGUUCAGUUCCCAUCCAUUUUACAACCCCAGUACGUUUGAUUAUGAUGUUGGAAUUGUCAGUAUUAACCAAGGCAUGCAAUUAGAUGGUACCAAUGCCAAGGCUAUCGAACUGGUUAGAACAUUCCAUGACAUAGCCAAUGGCACAAAUAUUACUCUCACUGGCUGGGGAGCUACUGGGGAAGGUGAAGCUGUUACAAGUACGUUAAGGGUUGUGAGUGUACCUGGUGUGGAUAGAGAGACCUGCAACAACCAACUUAGUGGUACAAUUACGAGUAGAAUGUUCUGUGCCGGCUAUCCUGAAGGUGGAAAGGAUACUUGCCAGGGAGAUUCCGGUGGUCCAGCGGUAGUUAGAAGUACCGGCAGGUUGGCUGGUAUUGUGUCCUUCGGGUAUGGGUGCGCUCGCCCAGACUCACCAGGAGUUUACACCCGCAUAGGAAACUUCAAUAUAAGAAAUUACAUUCGUAUGAUGACAGGGGCUUAAAUUGUAUAGCAAAUGUAAUUGUCAGUUUUAUUUUGUUUCAUUUAUCUAUACAGUAGCUUUGCCUAAGCAGUGGCUGAUUAUUAUUUAAUUUCUGUUUGUUUUU